AUGUAUUCCAAGUUGGCACCAGUCCUCGGCUCCUUGGCCCUUGCCUCACUCGUUUCGGCCGUCCCUGUCGACGUUGAGAAGCGUGAUAAUGGUAUCUGGUUUGGCGGCCGCGGGUCCCACCUCGAAAACUACCAGAACAGCAAUGGUGCUGCGCCCUCCGCCUCGUACAGCGGUCCUGCCAACGGUUACUAUACCCCAUCAGCGACCUACGGCGGCGGUUCUUAUUCCACCAGCGCCCCUCCGGCCAGCCACUCUGGCGGCUACAACGGUGGUGGCGGCUCUGGCUCCAGCGACGGCAGCAGCAACCCAUUUAGCUUCCCUCUGUCCAAUGGCUUCCCUAACAUCCAAAACCCGUCUGAUCAGCUCACUGCCAUUGAGGCGCAGGCCCAUGGUCUCUUGCCCAACGGACCCCCGCCGCCGACUGCCCCUGCCGCUGAUGAUCUCACAUCGCUGAGACUCAUUGCCUUCAACGAGCUCUGGGAGGUCGCCUUCUUCACUGAGCUCCUCUACAACGUGACCCACAACGUUGCGGGUUACCAGUUCCAGGACGAGUCCCAGCGACAAACCGUUAUUAACGCCAUUACUGCCGUCCAGGCCCAAGAGGAGCUGCACCUUUUGAACGCCAAUGGCGCCCUCGCUCACUUCAACGCCGGCCCCAUCCAACCCUGCAAAUAUGUUGCCCCGGUCUCUGACUUCAAGAGCGCCAUCGGGCUUGCCAAGACGUUCACUGACGUCGUCUUGGGCACCCUUGGCGAUGUUCAAACCCACUUCGGCCAAAACGGUGACAACGGUCUCAUCCGCGGUGUCGCUGCCGUCAUCGGUCAAGAGGGUGAGCAGAACGGCUUCUAUCGCAACCUGCUUGGUCUCAUCCCUAGCGGCGCUCCCUUCUUGACCGCCUCUACCCGCGAGUUCGCCUUCUCUGCCUUGAACCAAGGCUUCGUUGUCCAAGGCUCCUGCCCUAACAGCAACACCAUCAACCUUCCCAUCUUCGGUGCCCUGAACGUCUUGACCCAGAACAUCCAACCCCAAGACCAGACACUGCAGUUCUCCUUCUCUGCCACCGGCUCAUACUCCCAGUACGCCAACAACUACCAAGGCCUGAGCUUGGUGUACAUCAACCAACAGAACGUGCCUGUUGUUGAGCCAAUCACCCAAGCUACAGUCAGCGGCAGCACCGUCACCUUCUCCGCAAACCUGCCUUUCACCAAGAACGAGAUGUUUGGAUUGACCAUUGCUGCCGUUGUCGAGGGAUCCGGCCCGUUCGCCAGCGUCGCUGAUGUUGCCGCCGUGGCCAAGUUCGGACCUGGUCUGUUUGAAAUCGCCUAA